UAUUCAAUUGUUUGUGAAAGGUUUUGAUUGAUGAACUACUAACCAAUUGAAUUAUGUUGUUGAUCUAACUAGUGUACUCCAGAACACUAUAUCAAGUUGUUCUGUUUUACAAAGAUAUCAUCAUAAUCUCAGCUUUUUAAAAACUUUAAAGAAUCACAGAGUUUAAUUUGACGUAAGAGUCAGUAAACUGAAUUUUCCUCACAGUUAUCAGUGGAGUUCAUUUGGUUUUACUAAUUAAGCUUUAUGAAAUGUCGUUUUCAAUACUGACAUGACAGAAAGUUUCAUUUUCAAGUCUCAAAUGAAUCACUUGAGUUUAUAAACAGUAGCAAAAGUAAUUUGUCAAUAGACACAGCAUGUCAGUCAUUUUCCGAUUUUCAUCGUCAUUUCCUAAUGCUAGCAGUUGCAUUUCACAUCACAUGUUUUGCAAUUAUGAACUCUUAUUUUUGUGUUUUUGUUCUUUUUCAGUGAAGUCUCACUUUUUAGCAGCCCUGCGAAGAUGAACCUGGGCUGGUUCACUGCACGGUCUAGUUGUUGAAAGACUAAAUGUUUUUAUGAAAAAGAAUUGCCUUAGGCCUGUAUGUACAGAUGGUUAAAAUGUGGCACUGCCUACCAUCCACCAACUUCACGCCACUGCAGACUUCCUGGAAACCAUUUUACAGGCCAAUAUAACCCAACUUUGGUUUUAGGAGAAUGUCAGGGUGCGAGGCUGAGCUUAACCCUUCAGUGGACCACAAGCAACCAGACACACACACUCUCUCUUUUUGUUCCUUUUGUUUGCUAACAGCUUCUAUAAAUCGUACACUAUUUCAAGAUCUAAGGAAGCUGCACUGGUUGGACAUAGCGGGCAUCCAAAUUGACAUAAUCAGAAGUAGACUUUCAUCAGACAAUCUUCUCUGACCUUGUAUCUUUUUAUUUUUCCCUCUGCAGACCAUCUUGAUUCAAAACAUCUACCGUAAUCCCCAAAACAGUGCACAGACGGCCGACGCCUCUCGCUACCAUUGCCCUCUUGAACAUUUACCGUAACCCUCAAAACUCUGCCCAGUCUGCUGAUGGUUUACACUGUGCUGUCAGUGAUGUGGAGAUGCAGGAGCAUUACGACGAGUUCUUUGAGGAAGUAUUCACAGAGAUGGAGGAGAAGUAUGGGGAGGUGGAGGAGAUGAACGUAUGUGAUAACUUGGGAGACCACCUUGUUGGCAACGUCUAUGUCAAGUUUCGUCGCGAGGAGGACGCAGAAAAAGCAGUCAUGGACCUGAACAACCGCUGGUUUAACGGCCAACCCAUCCACGCAGAGCUGUCGCCCGUCACUGACUUCAGGGAAGCCUGCUGUCGCCAGUAUGAAAUGGGGGAGUGCACUCGAGGCGGCUUCUGCAACUUCAUGCACCUCAAACCUAUAUCCCGGGAACUGCGUAGGGAACUGUACGGCCGCCGCAGGAAAAGGCACCGCUCUCGCUCACGUUCCCGGGAUCGGCGCUCCCGUUCCAGGGAUCGUGGACGUGGAGGUGGACGGGACCGCGAGCGGCGAAGGUCAAGGGACCGGGAACGUUCUGGGAGAUUCUAAACCAAGCCAAGAUUGAUCCAGUGUCCCACCAAUACCCCUCCCUCCUCUCCUGCCCCUACCAGUGAUGGGUUUUUCUUUUCUUUUUCUUUUUUUUUGGUGAAAUAUUCAAAGUGUUUAAUUUGUUUUCUUUUAUUCUCAUUUUUUAAGACAAGCUUGUGUCGCUUUCGCAAUAAAACACAUUUGUAACUCU